GAUGGAAAAAUUCUCAAGGAGCUUUCGAAUUUAUCUUAGUCUUGAAUGCUUUAAUGCGCUUAUUGGGCGCAUGAACAUAUUCCGUACAUUAAAAUCUUGGCAACGAGUUAAAGACCAAUCCGGAAAUCCAAAGGGUUUUGGAUUUGCGGAAUAUGCUGUCUAUCAUAAUUGACAUGAUACAGAGUUAGAUAAAAAUAUCUUAUUAUCACGUACGUUGUUGAAGACAUGACUAAGCCACAAGAUAGAAGAAAUCUACAACCUCCAAUAAAUUUGCAGUAUGAAAAUAAACUGGCUUAUCGAACAUCACCAGCUACAGAAAU